AUGUGGGUGUUUCUUAUAUUUUUAAGUUCCUGUGCGGAAGCGCAGAGAGCAAAGAUUAUUCGUUCGUGCCCUGAUUCUGACCUCGGUGAAAAAUGUGAGGAAUUCUGCUGGGAUGAGUACUUGGCUUGUGUUGAGGCUCGCUCGACUUCUGCGUGUGAACGAUUGUGCAUGAUACCUUAUGCCGAUUGCUCAAGAACUUGUCCAUGCUAUGAAGACUGCCCCGACGGUUGUGAAAAUUGUCCAAAUACAAUUUGUUCAUGCCGAAGCCCAGAGACUGAUAACGUAUAUUUUCAACAAUGCAUGAAGGAAGGUUCUGGGCGUUUUAAUGACUGCAUCACUUCAUGCACGGCAAAUACGACUUGCCUCCAUGAGUGUUCGGAAGUGUUCCAAAAUGAGUCUGAAUACUGUCCUUGUAUGCCAAAGUGUCCGAUGGGUUGUUCUUGCAAAGAUGGUUACAAGUGCCAACCGUACGUAACAGCCCUCUGCCAGAAUCGUCCUUCAAAUGAUAUCACGAGUUUUAACUACAUUAUUUCCGCUGAUGGAAGCUUCAAGGAAACGCGUCAUUACCAGUCUCCGUUUAAUGGAACAUAUCCAUAUCUUGAGUGGUCUGGCCAUGCAAUGCUUCACGGGGAGCAUUUCUUUUUCGGCUCACGGAGCGAUGUUUCAAAGAAGAUCGCUAAACUUAUUGGCUGCACAAUUCAAGAUUCUGAAAAGCAAUUACUUCAAUCUUUCAAUGGUGUUGAUGGAUCUCUCGUGACCAUUACUUCGGGAACAGACUCCGUUAUCUUAUGCAGAGGUUCCUCCGCACAUUGCGAGAGCUUUGAUGGUGAAAGCUCCCGAGCCAUAUCGAGCACGCAAAUUAAUCAUAGAUAUGCUUGUAUGGCUGAAUAUGAAAAUGUUCCAAUAAUUAUAGGUGGGCUCUCACCCUCAUUGACAAAUAAGGUCGAAAUUCUUUCAUCCAGUGGGUGGGAAUAUUCGACAUCUCAUCCUAAUAAUAUUCAACGUCAGACAUGUUUGUCAAUCGAAAAUGGAGUCUUGACAAUUGGCGGCUAUUUAAUUGAUAUAGGCGGCUUGACAAAAAAUGUGUUUUUAUUGCGUGAUGAUGAGUGGAAUUUUGCUGGAGCUUUGCAAUCAUUUAAUGAUGUCGGAUCUUCGAUUCAUUUCGGAGACUUCUUCCUUGCAUUUGGCGGAAACAACGAUUACAAUUACGUGGAAAAAGCAAUCUGGGAUGGUCAAAACGUGACCUCUUCGACGAUCAUUAAUGAGCACGAAGGAAAGUGCUAUCGACCGAUUCUCUUCGAAUCAUCACCUGAUGCCUGUAAUGACGGUUGUCAUGAUUUUUGCUAUUUUUAUCCAUGA